UACAGAUACACUCGAUUGUAGUAUUUUGUUGUACGUAAUGAUUAUUAUGUUUUUAGUGAGUGUAUUUGAAUAGUUCAAUACUUCGUUGUUCAUGAUGUCGGAUUUCUACAGUGUUAUUAUUCAGUGAGCAACAGUCGAGGAGCGCGGCUAAUUCACGUAGGUACUAAUAACAAAAUUCAGAAUAUUCAGUAAUUUUCACAUUUUGAGUAGAUUAUUUCUGAUCAGUAGUACUGUGAGAUAAAUAUAAUUAUAGGAAUCUUUGUUCCUCAUUCAUUUCAUUACAAAUGUGAAAAAUAGCUCCGUUAUUUAAAAAAAUGAAGCCUUUUAUCAGACAGAUUUUCGUGGCGAGCUCACAGCUGCUGGCCGCCGUCUCUGUGGGAGCUGUCAUAGCGUACCCUAAUGUUGUCUUGGAGCAGCUGAGGUCGGAAGCUUCUAUGAUAUUGGAUAUGGAUUUGCGAACCUGGAUAGGUUCUACCCACGGUCUAGUGGGCAUCCCUUGCAUUUUGAUGCCGACUUUCAUGCAAUGGAGAGGACGCAAAUUAUCCUUCAUCCUCACUUGCUUACUGAUUAUCAUUGGCUGGGCCUGGACAGCAGCAGCCAGUAAUGCAACGCACAUUAUCAUCGGCGAGUGUUUCCACGGCCUUGGAGCGCACAGCCUGGUUAUAGUGAGUAACUGUGUUAUCAGCGAGACCUUUCCCCCUAACAUCAGGACUGUGACGAUGGCUGCGUACAUCGUAUCCCAGAGUUUUGGCAUGUCCAUGGUCAGUAUAAUUGGGAGAUUCGUGUACUGGAAAACUGUUGGCUGGAUAAUGAGCGUGCCUAUACUUGUAGCUUUGCUUAUCAGCUGUAUGUCCCCGGAGACCCCGUGCUGGCUCGCUUGGAAAGGAUAUGAUGAUAAAUGCGCAAAAGCUUUGAAAUGGCUGAGAGGGACUGGUGACGAUGUCGAGAGAGAACUAAACGCAUUAUUGUGCGCCCAAAAAGAAAACAAAGCCUUUACCAAGUCAAUUAGAAAACGUAACAAUUUUAAAGACUUGCUGAGCCAGAUAUCAAGGCGCGACUUCUACGUGCCGGCUCUUCACACUUUUGUUUAUUUUUGGACGUUUUACUGGAGCGGUACCAUGGUUGUCAUUAUUUACGCCAUGGAGAUUAUUAGGAAAUCGACAUCGAACGAAACGGCCGCCUUCUACUGCAUGAUUUUCGUUGAUAUUGUGUUAUUUAUUGGAUGCCUCUCGGGAACCUUCCUGUUGAAUUCGUUUAAAAACAAGAGCAUUUUAUUAACUAGCCAAAUUAGUAGUGCCACUAUCCUACUUAUUUCUGCGGCAACAACCUAUUUGCAAACAAAAGAAGUAAUUUCAAAAGACUCAAUAUUUUUGGUAUAUUUAAUAGUAGCCUUCGUAUUAUCGUAUAAUUUUGGCAUGUCAACAUUAACAUUUUCAAUGCCAAUAGAACUGAUGCCGUUGAAACACAGGGGGAUCGGUGGGGCUCUGUAUGUCAUAUUCAUUGGUACACUACACUCAGCAUCUUUGAAAAUAUCGCCAUAUAUGUUCCAGUACAUCGACCUGUGGGGUACGUUUUUGAUAUACGCGAUCAAUGCUAUGUUUGGCGCCUACUAUGUGCAUACGUACGUACCUGAGACUAAAGGAAGGAGCCUGCAUGAAAUCGAAAGAUAUUAUAACAGUGGCCGGUUUAUAACAUAUGAGAAAGACAACGAAAAUUGUGAGGAUAUUUCCCUUUGAUUUAAGGAAAGGCCAAAAAUAGAGAAGAAUUAAAAAAAAGUUAUGUAAUGGUUUGUAAUGAAGUACUAAGAGCAUUCUUAUAAAGAGUUUCUUCAAUGUACAUGAUAUACAAUGUACACAUUUUUGUCACAUUGAAAUACGAUAAAAUUUAAUAGUAUCUUUGAAUGUUUUCGUAUUAUGUAUUAUUCUUUUUAUUGCUCUUGUAGGCAGACCAGCAUACUGCCUACCUGGUGGUGAGUGGUUACCGUCACUCAUGGACUUCAGCAAUGCAGGGGCAGUACCGCUGCCUACCGGUGUGUAGUCUUUUUUUUACCUUUUAUAAAAUAAGGCAUACUGUAUGUAAUAUAUAUUAUUAUUUUGCGAUGUAGAGUUAAUCGUACAUCCUGCACUGAACCAAAACAUUCUUUUGAAAUUUAAAGUAAGUCAGAAUAUGCAUACAUUAGUGUACGAAAAAGUGUUUUUUUUUUAUUGCUUAGAUGGGUGGACGAGCUCACAGCCCACCUGAUGUUAAGUGGUUACUGGAGCCCAUAGACAUCCACAACGCAAAUGCGCCACCCACCCUGAGAUACAAGUUCUAAGGUCUCAAGUUUAGUUAAUGAUGUAAUGACGACAAAGUAAUUCGUAUAUUAACAUUUAACAUUACGAAAGAGAUCAGUAGAUCACGUGUGUCUGUCUGAUGUUUACAUAAAACGCACGUGAACACUUUCGCUCGCAGUUCCCAGACAACCUAACGACUUGCUUUCCAGAAGUUGCGUAAUGACCUUCACAUUCAACUGGUGCACAAUAUUAUAUGUUAGCGCUUAAGAUUGGAAGCUUAAUCAGUAUUGUACGAUACGUAUGUUAAAAGUAUUCGAAACUUCAAUCUGCUACACGUUUUAUUAGCAACGAAGAUAAUGAAAGCUCACAUCAAGCUUAUUUCAUCACGUUCAUAUUAAUUAUAUCGAGAAACAAGAAAAAAAAGACAUUGCUCAAAAGAUCUAUUGUUUGUCUUUUGUAAGAAUGUGAAUAUAUUUUUUUUUCUAAAUUA